GCGGGCGGCAUUCCUCCACUGCCUGCGCCCUGUUGUGUUACUCUCCGCCGCGUGGCUGCAGUCUGUGGAUAACAUGUCCCAUGCCCACCACAACCUGAGCUGCCGGACUGCCUCUGACUGACACCAGUGUAGCGGACGCCUUGACUAUGGUGGAAAACUUCUGAAUGCAAAAUAGUUGGUGUCCCAAGAGGAGAUUGGUGGAUUGGAGAUAGUUGUGCCAUAUCUGCUGAAUUUGCGCAAGGACGCAGCGGCUGACGCGCUCCUCAGUGGUCCCAUCGGAAACAGACAGCAGUCUCUAUUGAGGACGUUCACUGCUACCUGAAAUUUAUUAUACGGAAUUUCCUGGGUCGGGUUCGUGCUGCUUCAGGGAUAAAUGAUCACCUCAACCAGAAGAGUGUCUCCUGAUAAAUCUGAAGUUAGAAUCGCCUUCAGCCUCAACGACACAUCAGAUGUAAAAGAUGUGGAGGACCUCCCUCAGACUUUCCCGGAUCUUGAACAGCGAUUACAGCCAGUUCCCCCAUGUGUGUCUCUGAGAGAGAGCGUUCAGGUGUACAAGGAACACUGCAGGAUGGCGAGAGAGUUCCACCAGGUCAAACAUGAGAUCGCCGUGCUUGAGGACCGCAAGCGUAAGUUGCUGGCAGAGCUGGUUGAGGAUGAGAAGGUUGCCAUGGAGAUAGCCCGUCUAGAGGAGGAGUUUCGGCGCCUAACGGAGGAGAACCGCACCUUGGUUACUGUCCACAACGAGCGCGCUCAGCAGCUGGAGAGCCUCUGCUUGACCAAUCGAACAAGGCAGGACUCCUCGUGACCUCUUACCGCCGCAGAACCUGAGACGUCCGAGCAUCCAGCUGACGCCCGGGCCAGGAAACCAACCAGAAAUAAAGGCUCAGCUAGUGCUCACUCUACACAACAAUAGUCAGUGAAUCAGCUAAUUACACAGAAAGGUGCUGUGUUUAUUCAUGUCUGAGUCAUGUGUUUGAACCACAGACGUACUGUCAUCAUCAGUGUGAAGUUGUUAUAGUGAUUCCACCUUGUGAUGACACAAGGCCACUUUUCUGGGUGCUGUUUUGUUAUUAUGCGAUCUUGUAGCACCCUCUCAGUCGCUAUUGCAAUACCUCACUAUGUGUUUAUAUGAUGUCAGCUGCUGUGAAUAUGACCAGAUCUGUCUCAGGUCCUGUGGAGACUCAGAUCUUUUAACCUGAGGUCUGUGGAGGGAGCCAAAGGUGGUAUGAUGUGGUCCAAAUGUUGUAUUUUCAGAAGCCUACCCCCUUCCUAUCCCUCUCCCUCUCCCUCUGCCUCCCCUCCUCCUUCACUCCCACACCCAACACAAGCCCGUCAAGUUCCUCUUAUUAUUAAAACAAGAAAAAAAAAGGAAAAGAGAUGAGUGUUUAAGACGGUGUCAGAGAUCGGGGGAGUUAGAGCCACUUGUGAGGAACAGCGAAAGAACAAGGGUGAUUAUCUGCAAGAAGAAUCUGCUGCGACGCAACACUGUAAGAGUUGUACAUUUUUUGAUGUAGCCUGUGUGUCUCACCCACCUGUAGAAGAGGAAGUACACAACAAGAACUGUUGCCUAUCGUCCUCGCGUAUGAAUAAAAUGCAUUUUAUUUUAACACCGGCAUCAGUUCCUGAGUUUCAUUUCUCCAAGCCUGUGCUGUUUUGCAUUGUUGUGUGUGUGCUUUAUGUCUGUAUUCGCAGCACUUACAUGGAAAAAGGAACUUUUUUUUUUUCAUGAGGGAGAUUAGCUCAUUCUGGAAUUAUGAAAUAGUCACCUGAUUGGCUGCUUUGACUCUGGCAUUCUUCCUCCUUUCUAUCAUGUGACACUGGCAACACAAUUUUGUAGUGAUACUUAACUGCCUACUACUACAGGUUUUUCUUUACAUAAAACUUGUAUUGCAUCACUACAUUGUUUUUAAAUAUACCUCAUCCUGUCACAGAGGUUUGAUGAGUAUUCACAUACAUUUACAUACAUAACUUAUU